AAAUAAACAACAAGUUAUAUUUCGUUUUUUUUUAUUUGUUUUUUUUUUUUUUAAUUUGACACUUGUUUAUCUUUUUGUUUGGUGGCUUUUUUUGGAAUAAUACUUGAAAGUGUUAGUGAUAAAAUGUUUAAAUUUAUAUAUAUAAUGUAAAUUAAUAAUAAUAUUGUUAUAUUAAAGCCAAUUUUAGAAUGGCACUUGUGAUACUGAGGAGCGUCCUUGCAACUUGCAUCUUAUUUCAGUGCACUUUUGCAAUUUCAAAUGAUAACAACAAUGCCAAUAACAAUGGUUUACCAUCAGUGUUGCUUGGUACAGAAAGAGAUAUACGUUUAUUAAAUGGAUCACCUAAACAAUAUACAACAAUUGUUAAAUCAGUAUAUCCACAAGGUGUUGUUAUUGAUUAUAAUAUAGAAAAAAAUAUAAUAUGUUGGAUUGAUAAUAAACUUGAAGUAUUACAAUGUCGUAAAUUAAAUAGUACAGAUAAUUAUGUACUUGUUAAUUCAUCACAUGCACAACCAGUUGGUCUAGCAUGUGAUUGGGUAACAAAUAAAAUAUAUUGGACAGAUUCAGAAAAACAUCGUAUUGAAGUUAUUGAUUUAUCAACAUUAUUAACAUUACCACCAUCAAAAUUAUCAUUAUCAUCAUCAUUAGCAAAUAAUGAACAAUAUCGUAAAAUAUCAAAAGUAUUAUUUUGGAAUGAUUUAUCAUCACCACGUUCAAUAACAUUAUCACCAAUUGAUGGUUUAAUAUUUUGGGCAUCAUGGGGUGGUUCACCAAAAAUUGAAAAAGCAUCAAUGAAUGGUGAUAAAACAACACGUAAAGUUAUUGUAACAACAAAUCUUGAAACACCAAAUAGUUUAAUUAUUGAUUAUGAUAAUAAAUUAUUAUAUUGGGUUGAUCAACGUCUUAAAAUAAUUAAUUCAGUUGAUUAUGAUGGUAAAAAUCGUAAAAUAAUAACAAAAGAUUUAUCAUCACCAUUUUCAAUAACAUUUUUAAAUAAUAAAUUAUAUUGGUGUGAUUGGUUAUCACAUAAUAUUUAUUCAAUAGAUAUAACAACAUUAGCAUCAUCAAUAGUUAAUCAACGUGAAUAUCCACGUGAUUAUCAAAUAGGUGAUUAUUUAUUAAAUGAUAUUAAAAUAUAUGAUGAAAAAAGACAGCCAUUUAUUGAUCAUCCAUGUAGACAUAAUAAUGGUAAUUGUUCACAUAUAUGUUUAAUAGCAAUGAAUACAUUAAGUGGUUAUACAUGUGCAUGUCCAACUGGUGUUAAAUUAAUAAAUAAUACAACAUGUGAAAAUCGUGCAAAUAAUAUUGUUUUAGUUGUACAAAAACAUAAAAUAAUUAAAGUAUCAUUAGAUACAAAUGAUUAUACAGUAUUUGUAUUACCAUUUGUUGGUAUUAGACAUGCAAUUGCAAUUGAUUUUGAUCCAGUUGAUGAAAUGGUUUAUUGGACAGAUGAUAUUGCACAUGCAAUAAAACGUGCAUAUUUAAAUGGUACUGGACAACAAGAUAUUAUUAAAUUAGAUAUUAAAAAUCCAGAUGGUAUUGCUAUUGAUUGGAUUGCUAGAAAUUUUUAUUGGUCAGAUACUGGUACAAGUAGAAUUGAAGUUGCUAGAUUAAAUGGUACAAGUAGAAAAAUAAUAAUUGAUAAAAAUUUAGUUAAACCAAGAGCAAUAUCAUUAGCACCACAAUUAGGUUGGAUGUUUUGGACAGAUUGGGAUGAUUUUAAUCCAAAAAUUGAAAGAUCAAAUCUUGAUGGUAGUAAUAGAAAAAUAUUAAUAUCAAAAGAUGUUAAAUGGCCAAAUGGUGUUGCAUUAGAUAUUGAAAAAAAAAAAUUAUACUGGUCUGAUGCAUCAUUUGAUAGAAUUGAAGUAUGUAAUAUGGAUGGUAGUGAUAGAAAACAAAUAUUAAGUGAUAAUUUACCACAUAUAUUUGGUUUAAGUAUACUUGGUGAUUAUCUUUAUUGGACUGAUUGGCAAUUACGUAGUAUUGAACGUGUUAAUAAAUUAACUGGUUUAAAUAGAACAACAAUUGUUAAUCAAGCAUCAGAUGUUAUGGGUUUAAAAGCAGUAAAACUUGGUCAUGUACAGGGUACAAAUCCAUGUGCUAUUAAUAAUGGUGGUUGUAGUCAUUUAUGUUUAAAUAAACAUGGUAAUAAUUAUAUUUGUGCAUGUCAAAUGGGACAAGAAUUAUCUGUUAAUAAUAAAACUUGUAUUGUACCAGAUGCAUUUUUAUUAUUUUCUAAAAAAGAUAAAAUUGGUAGAUUAAGUAUUGCAAAUCCAAUACCAGAUAAUGAUGAUAUAAUACCAAUUGAUGGAAUUAAAGAAGCAAGCUCAUUAGAUUUUGAUAUUGCUAUGAAUAAAAUAUAUUGGACUGAUACAAUAGCUGGUUCAAUAUCACGUGCAUUUAUAAAUGGUACUGAUAUUGAAAAAGUUGUUGAACUUGGUUUAAAAUCACCUGAUAGUUUAGCAAUUGAUUGGAUAUCACAUAAUAUUUAUUGGACUGAUAUUGAAACAAAAAGAAUUGAAGUUAUGAAAAUUGAUACUGAUUAUAGAAAAAUAAUAAUAUGGGAAAAUUUAAUAAAUCCACGUUUUUUAAUAAUUGAUCCAAUACAUGGUUUUAUUUAUUGGAGUGAAUUAUCAGAUACAGAUAAAGGUUUUAUUGCAAGAUCAAAACUUGAUGGUACAUCACGUGAAAUAGUUGUAUCAAAUACUGGUAAAACUCAAGGUUUAACUAUUGAUCAUAAUAAUGAAAAAUUAUAUUGGGGUGAUUUAUAUAUAUCAGCAAUUGAUAGUUAUGAUAUUAAAAGUGGUAAAAGAAAAACAGUUGUAACACAAGGUAUAAUAUAUCCAUAUAGUUUAACACAAUAUCUUGAUUAUAUAUUUUGGACUGAUUGGAAUACAAAUACAAUUGAAAAAGCUCAUAAAAUAACUGGUUUAAAUAGAACAAAAAUACAUAAUAAAAUAACAGAUGUUACUGGUAUUAUUGUAUUUCAUGAAUCACGUCAAUCUGGUAAAAAUCCAUGUGCAAUUAAUAAUGGUGGUUGUUCACAUAUAUGUAUAUCAUUUAAUGAUACAUUAAAAAAAUAUAAAUGUUUAUGUUCAACACAUUAUACACUUGGAAAUGAUGAAAAAACAUGUAUACCACCUAAAAAUUUUAUGAUAUACAGUACUAAAAAUCAAAUAACACGUUUAUUACCAGAUAAUGAUGAUUGUCCAGAUGUUGUAUUACGUGAUAAAGGAUUAAGAAAUAUACAAUCAAUUGAAUAUGAUCCAGUAACACAAAGUUAUUAUUGGAUUGAUAAUAAAAUGUUACGUAAAACAUAUGAAAAUCGUUCACAAGUUAUUAUACCAAGUAAAAAAAAUUUUCAUCCAUUUGAUAUUGCAAUUGAUCCAAUUGGACGUUUAUUAUUUGUAUCAUGUUCUGGUUAUAAUACAAUAAAUGUUACAAAUAUGGAUAAUAGUAUGGAUUUAGGUGUUGUUGUUGCUAAUGAAAAAUCAAAACCACGUCAUAUAACAGUACAUUCAGAAAAACGUUUAUUAUUUUGGACAGAUAUUGAAAAUAAAACAGUUAUGAAAAGUUUAUUUGAUGGUAAUAAUAAAACAAUUAUUGCUGAUAAAUUAAAUGAAGUUGUUGGUUUAACAAUUGACACUGUUAAUAAUAUAAUAUAUUGGGCUGAUGGUAGAAAAAUUGAAUCAUCUGAUAUUAAUGGUAAAAAUCGUCGUGAAAUAAUAACUCUUGAUUUACAUGAUUCAAUUGAAUAUAUGACUGUAUUAUAUGAUUAUAUUUAUUGGUUUAAUCGUCAUAAUCAUUAUAUUGAAAGAAUCAUUAAAACAAAUGGUAAUUUAAGAAAAAAAAUAAUUAAAAAUACAUUAUCAAUAAGUAGUUUAAUUGUUGUACAAACACCAAAUGAUGAAAUUUUAGAACAACAUCCAUGUAGUCCAUUACGUAAUCAUGGUAAUUGUUCACAUUUUUGUCUUAUAAAUAGUACAACAAUGACAGCACAAUGUUCAUGUCCAAAUUAUUUAGUAUUAUCUGAUGAUAAUGUAACAUGUAGUGCACCACCAUUAUGUGGUGCUGGUUUAUUUACAUGUGCAACAAUGCAAAUUAAUGAUAGAUGUAUAUCUGAAACAUGGAGAUGUGAUGGUACUGCUGAUUGUUCUGAUAAUAGUGAUGAACUUGGUUGUUCAGUAUAUUGUCGUGAUGAUCAAUUUCGUUGUAAAAGUGGACAAUGUAUUGAAUCAUCACAAGUAUGUAAUGGUGAAAUUGAAUGUAAUGAUGGUUCUGAUGAAGAAAUUUGUUGUAAAAAACAUGAAUUUCGUUGUAAACUUACAAAUGUAUGUAUAUUACGUGAAAAAUUAUGUGAUAUAUGGGAAGAUUGUGCUGAUAAUACUGAUGAAACAGAUGAUGAAUGUUUUAUUAAAAAUAAAAUAACUGAUAAUCAUCAAAUACCAUCAGAAAGUUUACAAUUAUCAUAUAUCAUAUUAAUAUUAGUAUUAUUUUUUAUAAUUAUUGUUAUAUUUUUAACAUGUUGUUAUUGUUGUCGUAAAAAAUAUUCUGGUGAAGAUUUACCAGAUAUAUUACAUGAUUCAGCUGGUGAUCCAUUACAAAGAAGUGCAAGAAUAAAUAAACCAAUAAUACAAACUAAAAAUAGUAAUAGCAGCAGUAAUAAUAGUAAAACAUUUAAAACAAAUUUUAAAAAUAUUAAAAUGUCAGCAUUAUCAAGUAGUACUAUUGAUUGUUCAAGUUAUGAUCGUAGUCAUAUUACUGGUGCAUCAAAUUCAACAAAAGGUGGUAGUUCUGGUGGUAGUUAUCCACAUGAAACAUUAAAUCCACCACCAAGUCCAGCAACAACAGCUAAUUCAACACGUUGUUCAAGUAGUAAUGCAUCAAGAUAUAAACCAUAUAAAAAUUAUAGAACAAUUAAUCAACCACCACCACCAACACCAUGUAGUACUGAUGUAUGUGAUGAAUCAGAUAGUAAUUAUCAUUCAUCAAGAUAUAGAUAUGAAAGUCAAACAUUUCCACCACCACCAACACCAGCACCAAGAUCUAAUAAUAAUAGUGAAGCUGGUAAUAGUUGUCCACCAUCACCAGGCUCAAGAUCAUCAACGUAUUUUAGUCCAUUACCACCACCACCAUCACCAGUACCACAGUAGUACUAUUUUCAAUUUUAGGAGAGUUAAUAUUAUGACUGAAAAUCAUUUUUUUUUUUUUUUUUUUUU